AUGCCGGGCAAAGUUGUGAAAUUGUGUGAUGUGGUUAAUAUUAGAUUUAUUGGUCCCAAUAGAUGUAUAAAUUAUCUCUUUUUCUCUCCACAGGAAGUUCUACAGACUUUGACCAAGUUUUGUUUCCCCUUCUAUGUGGACAGCCAUGCAGUUAACCAAGUUGGGCAGAACUUUACGUUUGUGCUUACAGACAUUGACAGCAAGCAGAGGUUUGGAUUCUGUCGCCUGUCUUCUGGGGCCAAGAGCUGCUUCUGUAUCUUAAGUUACCUCCCAUGGUUUGAAGUCUUCUAUAAGCUGCUCAAUGUCUUGGCAGACUAUUCAGCAAAAGGACAGGACAGCCAAAGGAGUGAGCUCCUAGAAACAUUUCAUAAGCUUUCCAUCCCUGAGCCAGGAACCUCUGUUCAUCUUGGAGUGCACUCUUACUUUACUGUGCCUGACACCAGAGAGCUUCCUAGCAUACCUGAAAAUAGAAACCUGACAGAGUAUUUUGUAGCAGUUGAUGUCAACAACAUGCUGCAUCUCUACGCCAGUAUGCUGUAUGAACGCCGCAUCCUCAUUUGUUGCAGUAAGCUGAGCACU